UUUUGUUCUUAUAUAGAAACAUUUGUGUAUGGUUAUGGAGUAUGUAGAAGGUGGAGACUGUGCUACAUUGCUGAAAAACAUGGGACCAUUACCCGUUGAUAUGGCGAGAUUUUAUUUUGCUGAAACUGUGUUGGCUGUAGAAUACUUACAUAGUUAUGGAAUUGUUCACAGAGACCUGAAACCAGACAACCUCCUUAUUACAGCAAUGGGACACAUUAAACUGACAGAUUUUGGAUUAUCAAAGAUUGGCUUAAUGAACUUGGCUACCAAUAUGCAUGAAGGGUAUUUGGAUCGAGAAACCAAACAAUUUAGUGACAAACAAGUUUAUGGAACACCAGAGUACAUAGCACCAGAAGUAAUUUUGCUGCAAGGUUAUGGUAAACCUGUUGACUGGUGGUCCAUGGGAAUUGUUUUAUAUGAAUUCCUUAUUGGCUGUGUUCCUUUCUUUGGGGAUACUCCAGAAGAACUUUUUGCCCAUGUUAUUAAUGAUGAAAUAGAGUGGCCUAAUGAAAAUGACUGGCUUGUGGCUGAAGAUGCAAAAGAAUUAAUCACUCUACUUUUGAGGCCCAAUCCAUUUGAUCGGCUUGGGACUGGUGGUGCCCAUGAAGUAAAAGAUCAUGCAUUCUUUGCAUCUCUGAAUUGGGAGUCCCUGCUACGCCAGAAAGCUGAGUUUAUUCCUCAGCUAGAAGAUGAAGAAGAUACAAGUUAUUUUGACACAAGAUCUGAUCGAUACAAUCAUGAUGUUGAAGACUCUGAGUCACUGGAAGAUACUGAUGACAGUUUGAUAUUCAGCAAUUUUUCGUCUUGCUCUCCUCGUUACCGUAAAGUUUACUCUCGUGUUGAGAAGGAAUUAGAAGAAGAGAACUUUAUAAAGCUUUUGAGAGAAGAAUCAACACAACACUCUUCAGAUAGCGUUAAUUCCUGUCCAUCAGAUCAUUCUGACAGUUCCAGUUCACAAGGAAGUAGUCUGUGCAAGACACCUGAAAUUAAAAAGAAGUCUGUUUCAACUCCAGAUUCCAGAGUUCAACUAGGAUCUCAGAAUGCACUGGAGUCCUCCCAAACAGAAUUGGAAGAACUGUCACCCAAAGUUCAGAGACACUGGCAGACAGGGAUAAAAGAGUUUCUUCCUCACUUUUCAAUCAGCAUGGAGGACAAUAGACCUUCUUUAGUGGCAACACCUCCUGAUUACAAAGAAUUGUCACCAGUCAGUGAAGGUGCAAAUCGAAAAGCACACAGCAGAGCUGUAAGGCCUAGAAAAUUAGUUUCUCCACUUACACUUUCUGCCAGAAUACCAAUUCCUUCAAUACCAUUGUCUCCUUGUGGGUCUCAACAAAAAGCUCGUCCAGUCAUCAAGUCAGCUUCGGCUUCUGGGUUGUCAUUGAUUAUUCCAACUGCUGAUGUACUUGCAACUAUUGAGGGAUCCAAUACCAGUUCCCAAGAUGCUUCUCCCAGUAGAGAGACAAGCCCCCUAAAUAAUCAACUCAAACCCCCUAUAAUCAUCAGGAGAGGACCUCGUGGGUUUGGCUUCACAGCUAGAGCAAUCCGAGUAUAUUUUGGAGAUACAGAUAUUUACACUGUACAGCAUCUUGUAUCGGCUGUUGACAACAACAGUCCUGCAUUUGAAGCAGGACUUCAACCAGGAGACUUGAUAACUCAUCUUAAUGGUGAAGCUGUGCAAGGACUACUUCAUCCUCAAAUCCUCCGUCUUAUCUUGGCUAGUGGGGAUUGUCUUAAUAUUCGAACUACACCCUUAGAAAACACCACCAUCCAAAGUGGAGGAAGGAAACGACACCCUUCCUCCAUUAAAAUGAUAAAACCAACUGCUCGAAGACGUAUUGGGCAGGUAAAGAAGGACAAUCUGUCUGAAAAGAAAAGGAAAACUUCACUUCUUCGUCGGUUGAAUAGUAAAAAAGCAAGUGCUGACUUCCAUCAGUUGGCACUUGUCUCUCCUACAUUGACUAGUCAGAGCUGGAGUUUUCAGUCUAUACACCAAGGUAGUGUAGCUGAAAAUGCUCCAUUAUCUCCAACGUGUAAAGUAACUAGGUCCCCUCUAAGUAGUCGGCUUUAUUCAGCUUUUGACAAAAGUCAUUCGGUUAGCAUUAAUUCCACAGAAAGUAGUUAUCUUAGCUCAAGUGCACCGAAUUCUCCAGCUAUUUCUUCUCAUUCUUCUCACUGCCCCAGGCCUAGCUCUUUACAUGGCUUAAAACACAAGUUGGCUCAGACUUUCUGUUCACCCCGUCGAAAAUCUGUAGGUAACAUUCCUCUAUCUCCUCUUGCUUUGACUCAUUCUUCAUCCUCACUUCCUUCAACUUCACCAGCUCGUUCGUUAUCUCCACUAGCUUUUCUUUUGACUCAUCAACCUGGAAGCUCCCAGACCACUCAGAGUUUUCCAGUACAGAAAGGAUUCCCUGUUACCACCCUUAACCCCAUUACUUCUUGCAGGAAACCUGUUAUGAAAUCUAAAAAUGCAGAGUCAGGACCUCCAUUAUUGUGGCAACCUCUCUCACCUGACCACUUACAUCCAAAACCUGCUGAAGGAAGGGCAAGACGAAAGUCAGUUUCUGAACAGCCUUCUCCAUCAAUUCUUUCAUUUUCACUUCAUGCUAAUUCUCAGGAUAUUUCUUCUCCUCUGCUUAUAACUUCCAAUAUGAGUAAACUUGCAAUAGCCAACUCCACACCAAAAAAUGAUAUUUCUAAAGUUUUCACAACCGAGCCUUCAGUGACAAGAGCUGAGAAUAUUUUUAUGCCUCUCAGAUGCACAUCCCAUGGUUCAGUUAUAGGUAGAGUCUGUAACCAAGUAAGAAAGCCUUUCAACUCGGACAGUUUCUCCCAGUGUGCUGCAGCUGUACGAGUUGAAAAUAAUUCAUUAUGUAGUUUAGAAAAAAAACAAAUGUGAUAAAAACCAACAUUUCAGAUGUGUAUUGGACAAAUUCAGGAGCAGGGAAAAAAGAUAACAGUGAAAAAUUGCCUAGUGAGUUUCACUUAAACGUUGAAAUAAACAGACAGAGCACAUUCCAGUUUGUAAAACAAAACAAAAAAACUGCUCUAACUGAGCAGACAGCUGAAUAAGGUCAACCCUUCAACUCUGAAGAACCUAAUCACAAUGUGCCAUUCAGAACCUAAAACAAGAUCUCUGAUGUCGAGUACUAUGAAGUUUGUGUCAGAAUCUCAUAAUCCUGCCUCUGCACUGUGGAAAAAACAGUCAGUGUACUUCUAACAUGGAUUCAUGUAAACAGAAUGAUGAUUAAACUGGUUAUCUUAUGAAACAGUCAGUGUACUUCUAACAUGGAUUCAUGUAAACAGAAUGAUGAUUAAACUGGUUAUCUUAUGAAACAGUCAGUGUACUUCUAACAUGGAUUCAUGUAAACAGAAUGAUGAUUAAACUGGUUAUCAUAUGAAAAAGUCAGUGUACUUCUAACAUGGAUUCAUGUAAACAGAAUGAUGAUUAAACUGGUUAUCAUAUGAAACAGUCAGUGUAUUUCUAAUAUGGAUUCGUAUAAAGAGAAUGAUGAUUAAACUGGUUAUCAUAUGAAACAGACAGUGUACUUCUAACAUGGAUCCAUGUAAACAGAAUGAUAAUUAAACUUUUUGUCAUAUGAACACAGCCAGUGUACUUCUAACAUGGAUCCAUGUAAACAGAAUGAUGAUUAAACUGGUUAUCAUAUGAAAACAGUCAGUGUACUUCUAACAUGGAUCCAUGUAAACAGAAUGAUGAUUAAACUGGUUAUCAUAGAGAAAAUGAACCAUAUUUAAUGUAGAAUGUUUAUCCUUUUUUUUCUGAAAUGCUAUAGUUUAUGAUAGUGAUAACUCCAGAAAUCCAGUUUUGUGAUAUGUAUUGUUCAAAGUUGUUUUAACCGUUUAGUUACAUUUUUUACAUAUUGUACAAUUGGAACUGAAGCCUAUUAGUUCAAACAACAUCUUGUAUGCUCGCUGAGAUUUAUGGAAGCUGUUAGUUUAAUUUCUUGAAUUUGCUUACAGUGUAAGAUUGGAUAACCUGAAUCCUUAUAAACAAGAAUGUGUAACAUUUGAUGCUUAACUUUGCAUGAAAUUUUACAAGAAAGGUUGUGACAGUUUUUUCUGAACUAAAGUUUUUGUUGUAUAAGUUUCAUUGUUCAGAUUCAAUAUUUCACAGGUUUUAAGUCAAAUAAGGUGUUAUUAUUUCAUAUAAAAUACACUUUCCUACAGUUUUGCACUAUUGAUUUUAUUGAAAGCAGUUACAGUGCAUCUAAUUUUCUUGUAUCUACAUAUAUACAUUGGAGCUAUUUUGUGAUAUCUCGACUCUGUUUCUUUGAGGAAAAUAUUUUUUGGUCAAAUAGGAAAUCUAGCAAAAAAAGGAGGAUGUGGAGAAAGUACUAUUCUUCUAUAAAGAUAAAAAAUGCAAAGUAUUUAUUAGGUUUUUCUUAGACUUGUAAAUAUAAUAACUUUUAAGUGCAUCGGCCUUUCUAAAAAUCAUAAUGUUUUAAGUAGUUAAUAAAGAACAACCACAAAAAUUUGCAUUGUGUUUUCCAGUUGUUCUUUAUUAAUAAUGUUUUAAGUAGUUAAUUAAGAACAACCACAAAAAUUUCCAGUUUGUUUUCCAAGUGUACUAUACACUCUCUUAUAUAGGGUAAUUUUCAUAAUUUGAUUAGACUUGCAUUUACUGUCCUGUGUUUCAGUAACUUCAUAUAAGCUAUCUAGUGAUAAUGAUUUGUGAUUAUUUGACUGGAACAUAAUACCAAAGGAAAUAUAUUUUCUUAUAUACUAACUUGUACAUGCUUUUAUGCUUGAUAAGCAAGAACACUAAACAUAUCAGAUUUACCAGUUUACUAACUUGUACAUGCUUUUAUGCUUGAUAAGCUAGAACACUAAACAUAUCAGAUUUACCAGUUUACUAACUUGUACAUGCUUUUAUGCUUGAUAAGCUAGAACACUAAACAUAUCAGAUUUACCAGUUUACUAACUUGUACAUGCUUUUUAUGCUUGAUAAGCUAGAACACUAACCAUAUCAGAUUUACCAGUUUUCUCACCAGCCUUCAUCAGUGAGUUGUCGUUCAACACUCAGACUAGAUUUCUGAUCUAGGAGAAAAAUUAUUUAACUAACUAUCAUUUCUUUGUUUUGCACUUCUUAUAAUCUAGUUUUUGAGAUGUGUGAAGAUACAGAAUGAUUUCAGAUUUGUUUUAUUAAAACUUUCAUAAUAAGCAAGACAGUAAUCUCAAAAUUUUUGUCAUUGUGUCUGAAAAAACGACAUCUUUUAGGUUGAUAAUCAGUUAAAGCAGAUUGUAACACUACAGCUUUAUAAAUUGGUUCUACUUAUGUGAUAGUAGGCUUAACUGUUGUUUUAAAAGAGUUUGCCUAAGAGAAAAAGUUAAAAAUGAAAUCGUUUAAUGCUCACAAAACUUCAUAACAUUUUUCACUGAUAAGUCACUUAUGUUUGUUUAGUAUCUUUUAAUAUUUUAAAAGAAAAAUUUGACUCUCUAUUUUUCAUUUCUGUCGAAAAACAAAAAAGUGAAACUUGCAAUGUUCAGUUAUUUGAUAUAGUUUUGAACUUCCUGGAAUAAACACACAUUAAACAGAUAAAAACUUGUUUCCUUCUGUUACAUAAAUAAUGUUGUGUACAUAAACACACGUUAAACAGAUAAAAACUUGUUUCCUUCUGUUACAUAAACAAUGUUGUGUACAUAAACACACGUUAAACAGAUGAGAAAUUGUUUCCUUCUGUUACAUAAACAAUGUUGUGUACAUAAACACACGUUAAACAGAUAAAAACUUGUUUCCUUCUGUUACAUAAACAAUGUUGUGUAUAGAACUUGAAGUAAAGUCAUAGUAACAAGAAAUAUAUAUAUAUAUAUACAUAUAACCAUCUAUACUACAUAUAAUUUAUUACUGUUUUAUUUUUUUAUUUAUUUGAUGUUCUAUAAAAUACUGAAUACUUUGUACAAUACUCAACUUUUAAAAUCAAACUUUACCUGGAUUUUUUUUUCCAGACGAUGUAGAUUUUUCGAUACUAUUAACAAUCCAUAUCUAACUAAAUUUUCAAAAAUUUCGUAAGAUUGGAGUUUCGUAGGAACUGGAAAUUAACGUUAACUGGUUUAAAUGCAUACAGCCUGUUUUGUAGCUUUGCUCUGAAAUAAAAGUAAUCGCAUUAACCUGUGGUGUUUGUAAGCCUAAUUGGUUUUACAACAGAACAGUUAACUGGAAUGAUAUGAUCUUGAAAGAGUACUUAAGAUUUCCUUUGUCGUAAGUGAUGCCCCAGAGUACCCUUCAAGCCAUUAUGAAAUUUGUUUGUAAUAGUUUUUUGGAUUCUUUCAGUAAUUCCAUACCAAUUUAAGGAAAGUAACGGCUAGCUCUCUGUCACUGUACUUGUUAAAUUCAUUGAAUGUUGCUAUGUGAAAAUGGAUUGUUUAGGGGUUGUUGAACAUAGUGUUUUUCGUGUUUUUUUUGUUUGUUGUUGUUGUUCUUUUUUUUUUGUGAACAACCACAUUGGUGAACUGUAAAUGUGCACAGUAUGUACGUAAUUAUGUAUGGUGCGAUAUUUGAUUGCGUGAAUUGGAUGUACGUGUUAUAAAUAAAUAAAUACUGUUUUAUCCUAUCA